UUGGCUGUAACCCCGCAUGACCCCCGCCUCCAUACGGGGAGCGACGCGGGGGAAAUGGACUCGAAUGCUCCCGCGCCCAGGCCAACCCCCGCAGCUGAUGGUGGCGGGCGCGCUUGCCUCGAAAUGGCUGUUGUUUGCACACGCGAGGCCGCCCUUUGUAUUCGCAGGCACCGAUGGCGCGAGUAUAUUACGCGUUCGUUCUCCCUCCCUGAACUCUUUUACGCCCCUCGCUUGACGCCUUUGGUCUCGCUUUCCGCGGUUAGAGGACAAUGGCUGCCGUACUUCCCGUCUGUUUGUAUGCGCUCAACAAUCCUGAUGUCGCGCGCGCACAUUCGACCCUUUGAACCAUCACCUCACACGCCUCCCUUCCCCUCCCACCCUCACCUCACACGUCUCCCCUCCCCUACCCCCUCACCUCACACGCCCCCCUUCCCUCGCUAGCGCGUCCUUUCGCCAUCCAAUCCUCUUCCCUCUUUACUCCCUCUUCCCUCUAUAUCCCCUCUUUACUCCCUUGAUUGACCCGCCCUUAUUCACUCUUACAUCCCUCAUUCACUCUUAUAUCCCUCAUUCACUCUUACAUCCCUCAUUCACUCUUACAUCCCUCAUUCACUCUUAUAUCCCUGCUUCACUCUUAUAUCCCUGCUUCACGCGCGCGAUUCAUCCAUUGAUCCUUUCCC